GCGGCCCCGGCGCCACAGACAGCGCGGCUGCGGAGCGGGACGCACCAUGUGCGGCAUCUUUGCUUACCUGAAUUACCAUGUGCCCCGCACGAGGCGGGAGAUCCUGGAGACCCUCAUCAAGGGGCUGCAGCGCCUGGAGUACCGGGGCUACGACUCUGCAGGUGUGGGACUGGACGGCGGAAAUGACAAAGACUGGGAAGCCAAUGCUUGCAAAAUCCACAUUAUCAAACAGACGGGGAAAGUGAAGGCUCUAGAUGAAGAGGUUCACAAGCAACAGGACAUGGACCUGGACAUCGAGUUUGACGUUCACCUGGGGAUUGCCCACACGCGCUGGGCCACGCACGGCGAGCCCAAGCCCGUGAACAGCCACCCUCAGCGCUCGGACAAGAACAAUGAGUUCAUCGUCAUCCACAAUGGCAUCAUCACCAACUACAAGGACCUGCAGAAAUUCCUGGAGAGCAAGGGCUACGACUUCGAGUCGGAGACGGACACGGAGAGCAUUGUCAAGCUGGUCAAGUACAUGUACGACAACCGCGACAGCGACGACAUCAGCUUCUCCACGCUGGUGGAGAGGGUCAUCCAGCAGCUGGAAGGUGCUUUUGCCCUUGUGUUCAAGAGUGUUCAUUACCCUGGACAGGCAGUUGGUACCAGGCGAGGCAGCCCCCUGCUCAUCGGUGUGCGCAGCGAGCACAAGCUCUCCACUGACCACAUCCCCAUCCUGUACCGCACAGCUGUACCAUCUAUGGAUCAUUCUUUUGAUGGAAUAUCCAUAAAAAUGGAGGAAGGGAAAGACAAGAAGGGGAGCUGCAACCUGUCCCGAGUGGACAGCACCACCUGCCUCUUCCCCGUGGAGGAGAAAGCUGUGGAAUAUUACUUUGCUUCUGAUGCCAGUGCUGUCAUCGAGCACACCAACCGCGUGAUCUUCCUGGAGGACGACGACGUGGCGGCCGUGGUGGACGGGCGUCUGUCCAUCCACCGCGUCAAGCGCACGGCCGGGGACCACCCGGGCCGGGCCGUGCAGACCCUGCAGAUGGAGCUGCAGCAGAUCAUGAAGGGUAACUUCAGCUCGUUCAUGCAGAAGGAAAUAUUUGAACAGCCAGAAUCUGUUGUUAAUACAAUGAGAGGAAGGGUCAACUUUGAUGACUACACUGUGAACCUGGGUGGGCUGAAGGAUCACAUCAAGGAGAUCCAGAGGUGUCGGCGUUUGAUCCUCAUCGCCUGUGGCACGAGUUACCACGCAGGAGUGGCAACCCGCCAGGUGCUGGAAGAGCUGACUGAGUUACCUGUCAUGGUGGAGCUGGCCAGUGACUUCCUGGACAGGAACACCCCUGUGUUCAGGGAUGAUGUCUGCUUUUUCCUCAGCCAGUCAGGGGAGACAGCAGACACUCUGAUGUGCCUUCGGUACUGCAAGGAGAGGGGAGCCCUGACCGUGGGCAUCACCAACACCGUGGGCAGCUCCAUCUCCCGCGAGACCGACUGCGGCGUGCACAUCAAUGCAGGCCCCGAGAUCGGCGUGGCCAGCACCAAGGCCUACACCAGCCAGUUCGUGUCCCUGGUGAUGUUUGCCCUGAUGAUGUGUGACGACAGGAUCUCCAUGCAGGAGCGGCGCAAGGAGAUCAUGAGGGGGCUCAAGGGGCUGCCAGACUUGAUUAAAGAAGUGCUGAGCAUGGAUGAUGAGAUCCAGAAGCUGGCCACAGAGCUGUACCAUCAGAAGUCUGUCCUCAUCAUGGGACGUGGCUACCACUACGCCACGUGUCUGGAGGGAGCGUUGAAAAUUAAAGAGAUCACCUACAUGCACUCAGAAGGGAUCCUGGCUGGGGAGCUGAAGCACGGCCCUCUGGCCCUGGUGGAUAAGCUCAUGCCUGUGAUCAUGAUCAUCAUGAGAGACCACACCUAUGCCAAGUGCCAGAACGCUCUCCAGCAGGUCAUUGCACGGCAGGGCCGGCCUGUGGUGAUUUGUGACAAGGAGGACAUCGAGACCAUUAAGAACAACAAAAGAACAAUCAAAGUUCCCCACUCAGUGGACUGUCUGCAGGGGAUCCUGAGCGUGAUCCCCCUCCAGCUGCUGGCCUUCCACCUGGCUGUACUCAGGGGCUAUGAUGUUGAUUUUCCAAGAAAUCUGGCCAAGUCCGUAACUGUAGAGUGAAAGAUCAUCUGAAUCAUAGGGGCAAAGGGGAAUUAAAUGAAAGACUUUUUUUGGUACCAAAAUAACUCGAUUUUAAAGCCCCCUAGGUAAAUCUUAUUUUGGUAAAUCGUUGUUUGUGUAUAAGAACACCAUAAUUCCAUUACAUUAGUGAUUGUCCAAUUGAUUCCACAUGCUAUGUCAAUAGCUCUGGGUUUUUUUGAUCAGUAGACUUCCAUGAAAGAUGUUAAAUCGUUUUCCUUAAAGAUU